AUGUUAUUUGUGGUGCUUCAGACAAACUUUUUUGUCUCGGAAACAUCAUCGCCAUCAGAGUUUAUCAAAGAUUUUAAAGGGUAUAUGAGCGCUUGCGCAGAGAUUGGCUUGAAACCGAAGAAAGGAUGUUCCUCGACGACUCCUGUGAUUGCCUUCCACGCCGCUAUUAAAUCUGACCUCAGAAACGUCCCUGUAAACACAAUUAUAAAAUUUGAUGAUGUUUUGUUGAAUAAAGGAAACGGAUUUAAUCCCAAGACAGGUGUUUUUACUGCACCAGAGGACGGUGUCUACUUCUUCCAAUGGACAUUUAUUUCAACCAGGAAAUCAACAGUUUACGUAGAGGCAGUGGUAGAUGGCGUAAGGAAGGCAUCAACAAGUGUGAAUGAUCAACAAAGUAUUCAUAUUAGUACGUCAGGACAUUUGCUUUAUGAACUGAAGAAAGGAAACAAAGUCUGGAUCAGAACACUCCAUGUGACGGCUGGAUACAUGCAUGCUAACAAGUACACUUACUUCUCGGGAUACAGGAUAAACUAUAUCUAG